AUGAACGCUGGAAAGAAGUGGAUUGACGAAGAGAAGGCUGCCUGUAUUAAUACAGGGAAGCAGUGUCUUGAGGAUAUCCAAAAGAUGUUCCCUUCAAAUACAACGAGUAGUUUGUUGGAUUUUUUUCCAUAUUUGAAAUGGUUUGGACGUUUCAAGGAGGAAGAGGAGCGUUUCCUUAAGAUUGCUGAAGAGAGGGAUAAAUUCUUUGAGGGCUUGAUAGAAGAGGCAAGACGAAAGGAAACCGGCUCGGUUUCAAGUAGUACUGCUGACGGGGGAAGGAUCAGACAACUGUGA